AUGUCGUCAGACUCCCCUCCUCCUACCUCAGACCCGCCCAACGCGUCAGCCGCUGCUGCUACGCCCUCUUCAUUGUCGGCCUCUACUCCGACUACACAAUCUGCGGCGCACCCCUCUGCAACGCCAUCUUCGUCGUCGGCCCCCACUCCGACCACACAGUCUGCAACACACCCCUCUGCAACGGCCCCCAGUGCAGCUGCAGCACCACCGGCACAGCCUGCGCCUCCUUCUGCCCGCGCGGCUUCCUCCCUGGUUUCGGUCCCUCGUGAUAACGGCAACGCCGGUGCGUUGCCGUUUUUUGGUGUCAAUUUCUCUUCGUCUCGCGCCCCACGUCCAUCGGAGCUGCUUCAACCAGCGAUCACAAUUCUGGUGGUGACUAUCGGAUACAUUGUUGGGCUGUUUGACCGUGCAGAUCAAAUAGAUAUGAAUCUCUUGCUUCGUGUUCCCGGAUACGCUAUCCGCCAAUUUUUUUCGUGGAGUGAAGCCGUUGCCUAUUACACGGAGAGAUACCUUGCAGGGGAUGUACACAUCGUUCCCCCUUCGCCAUCCACGUCGACCGGUCUUUCCUCUGGCUCGUCCCCAGCUCCACCUCCUCCUGCACAUGUGUCUGUCCCAGUGCCGCCACCUCCUAUUACUGCGCGCCAAGCACUAUCAACGUCUCGUGAUCCCACGGCUGUACGUCGAACCGCCGCACCAGCUAUUGCACCCGUACGGGCGCCUGAAGAUCCUAAUGCCCGAUAUGGGAGUGAGUUCAACCCAAUUCCUGUUGGCAUGGGCAAUGCUCUGACCCGCCGUGCUGUUCGUCUGGCCCGACUUGCAGAUAAUGUGCCGUCGCCGUCGUCUUCUACCCCACCGUCCAACUCCAAGACAUCAUCUGUGUCUACCGCGCCUUCGAAGUCCAAGGGCAAAGCUCCUGCUUCUGUAUCGCAGACUUCAAACUCCAAGGGAAAAAACAAGCGGCCUGCUUCGUCUACCGGAUUUUGA